AUGGUUAGUGAAUUUGAUCUAGUAAUGCAAGAGCACCUUCGGCGGGCUAAAGCAAAAGAGAUUCAAUAUACAUAUCUUGGCAAAAAAAUUCAAGAGAUUAAAUAUACGUAUCUUGAUGCAAGUCAGGAGGAGCAAAUUUCUUUAAUUGUACGAUUUGUAGAUAAUUCGGCAAACUUACCUACAAUUCAAGAACAUUGGCUAGAAUUUUUGAAGGUAGAUGACACAACAGGACUUGGACUUGCAACCGAGCUUCAAAAGGCUUUGAUAAAAAUUGAUCUCGAUAUUGAUGACAUUAGAGGGCAAGGAUUGUUGCAUGCUGCCAAUAUUGUGAGUAAAUUUCUUCAAACCGAAUCCAUGGAUAUUGAUCAUGCUAUCGACCUCUUGCAAGGGCUUGUUUCAUUUCUUGAAGAAUAUAGAGAAAUUGGAUUUGCUAUUGCCAAAGAUGAAGCGACAAAAAAGGCAAGCGAAAUGGGAAUUGAAGCUUUUGAAGAGGUUAAGGGAUGCAACCUUUUUUCAAGUUUGUUGAAAUCUUGUUUGAAUCUUGAAAAAUAUCUUCAACAUAAUGGGCGUUCGGAUAUUAGUGGAGAUGAUUUAUGUUCGGAGUUACAAGUCUUGAGAUGUUAUAUACCAAGUGAAGCAAUAAGAGCAAUUGAAGUGCUACAAUAUUUGAAGACAUUGGAUGUUUGUUUUCCAAAUGCUUAUACUGCUUACCAAAUUUUGUUAACCAUACCGGUUACAGUUGUAUCUGCGGAAAGAAGUUUCUCAAAAUUAAAGUUGAUCAAGACCUAUCUCCGAUCAACUAUGUCGGAUGCUGUUAUACGGAUGAUCGGCAAUGAAGAUUUGCCCAUGUUAUCAGGGACGGAAUAA